AUCUUUUCUAAUAUGGUCGUAUAUCUUCUCUGUUUAAUUUUAGUAAAAGUAAAUUUCCUAAGGUUUUUGAGUUUCACCAUCUGGUAACACUUUUCAGCCGGCCUUUAUUAUUUUUAAUAACCUCGCAUUAAAAUGAACUCGAGUUUUCAGAACUUGUACAAAAAGAGCCUAGAUAUGGGCGAGCAGCAAAAGCAGCGCCAGAAGGAUCUCCUAAAGCAACAGAAGCUGCGUCGGCAGCAGGAGCAGGAUGACUCACGACCUCUGCAAAACCCCGGCAAAAGGCCGCCAAAAAAGAAGAACUGGAAACGAACUGGGCACCAGAAAGGAAUCCACUACCGGCCACAACUUUCAGAGUGGUUACGCCACAAACCCGAGGAUCUAAGCGAGUGGCUCCUGGUUCCUUGUCCGGUAGGCAAAAGGUGCCUCGUGGUUGCCAGCAAUGGAAUCACAAAAGCAUACUCCAAAAAUGGCUGGAUGUUCAUGAGUCUUCAAUCUUCCCUGCCUGGCGAUAGGCAACAUCAAAAGAGUCAAACAAUCCUGGACUGUGUCUAUGUAGAAGAUGAGGAUACCUUUUAUGUUUUGGAUGCAAUUUCGUUUGGCCAGCAGGAUUUGCAAGAGUGUGAAGCAUCCUUCCGCUUCUAUUGGCUGCGCGCCCGUUUCGAGGAGAAUGAUUUUGCCAAGGUUGGGGAUCACAACGAAAAGUCAUUUGUGCUUCUUGAUCACGUCGACUUCGAGAACACCUCUGCUGUUGAGAAAGUUCUGCACCAGUACCCUUUAUUUCCUGAAAACAAGCCAGCCCUUGAUGGAUUUCUUUUUUACCAUAAAGAAGCUAGUUAUGUGUGCCAAACAACUCCCUUAGUUUGCUGGCUGUUUCCUUUUAUGAUGAUGGAUGUUCUUGGAUUGCCCGUGAGUAACAGCUAUACGGCUCCUGAGGAUUAUCAACAUGGCCAGGCACUGAAAUACAUGAAUGAGUUUGAUCGCAAACUGGCAGAGCACAGAAAACAACUUAAGGAGCAGAAAAAAGCUGACAAAAUGCACGAGAAAAGGCAAACCGCAAUGGAGGCAGAGGAAGGCACUAACAGCGAUGAGUACGCCAGUCUUAAAGAAAUACUCGAUUAUCAGCGGCGUUUAGAACUUGGGGAGUUGGACAUGGACUGUGCGGAGCCGCCAUCAGCUGAUGCCUGUUAGGCUUAAUGGGCGG